GCGGGGACUGAGCUGGUCGGGCCCUCGUGUUGCUCGUGUAGUGGAGUGGAUUAUUCAUUUAAGAAAGAAAGAGGUUAAAAAGAGAGAGUGAAAAAGAAAAGAAAUAUUUAAUACGAUUUAGAUAACAGGCAAGGAAAAAAAACAAAGAUACAUAAGAAAGAAAGAUAUUAAAAAGAGAGAGGGAGAAAAAGAAAAGAAAUAUUUAAUACGAUUUAAAUAACAGGCAAGGAAAAAAAACAAAGAAAGAGGUUAAAAAGAGAGAGUGAAAAAGAAAAGAAAUAUUUAAUACGAUUUAAAUAACAGGUAAGGAAAAAAAAACAAAAAUACAUAAGAAAGAAAGAGAUUAAAAAAGAUAGUUAGAGAAGACAAGGAAUUUUGUUUGGUACGAUUUAGAUAAGACAAAAAUAUAAAGAAAAGAUAUGUAAAUUGCUAAUUUCGUCGUGUAAAUUUUUAGCUACACGUAAGAUGCAAUGAUAGUCAUUAUCUGUUUCUCCAGAUGUUUCCCCAGUAACAUCCUUGGGCUUUGGAUAUUGUGAAGGAAACUAAACAGGUGGUCCAGUUGCAUUCCGAUGGGGCGCUUGCUCUUGCCGUCGGGAGCAGGAAGAUGCUAUGUGUCCAGAUUCCUCAAGGCCUGUCUGAUGAUCAUUUUGCUGAUGAGCCUUUUCAGCAGCUGGCUCUAUUGGGACGCCUUCGUAACAUCCAGAGAGUCGGCCAAACAGCUCUCCGUACAGCUGCUCAGGGACUUCCCCGGUAAAACCUUCCUCAAGUAUUGGGAAGACCAAGGAGGGGGUACUACUGCAGAAGGGAAAGCAGGACCGGAAGCUGAAACCAUAACAGGACGUCUUGUUGCAAAUUCUCCGCCAGUCUUCCACGACAGGUUGUUCACGCCCUUGCUGGAGACGUUCCGGAAUCCGGAUGGCCUGGAGAGACGGAGGAAGAGCUUUAGGAAUGGCGACGUCCCUAAAGUGGUGGCCUACAUCGACAAGGCUUUUCUGAAGUCGAAAUGGUACGUAGCCCACAGCAGAGAUAUCCAGGGAGGCCAUUGCCCCUUGCCUUGUACAAUCACGCCGCGUCUGUCUGAGGUGAAGACCGCGGACGCUGUGUUGAUCCACAUGAAGAGCAUUCCAAGCCGCGAGCAGCUCCUCCACGCCCUGCAGCCGCGCGACCCGACUCAGCCCUGGAUCAUGUUCGAGGCCGAGACGCACUUCAUCGCCUCCACCAAGUACAACGUGAACUACCGGACCCUGAACGGCGUCUUCAACCGCACCAUGUACUACCGCCGUGACGCAGACAUCCUGUUCAACCACGGCUUCAUCGUGAGGCAAGGCGACGACGCCAGCCUCCUGCCGAGGCACUGGGUUCGGGAGGCCCAUGUGGCGAGAGCGAACGUGACGGGGCGAAUCGCAGUGGCCUUCAUCUCCAACUGCAAAGCGCACAGCAAUCGUCUUCUCUACAUCAACGAACUGCAGAAAAACACCACCGUCGACGUGUACGGGAAGUGCGGGAAGCUGAAGUGCGGGAAAUCGCGUUACGCCGAGCACGAGUACCGGGUGGACAAAGACCCGUGUUUGCAAGCCGCGGCCGAGAAAUACCUGUUCUACCUGGCCUUCGAGAACGCCAUUUGCGACGACUAUGCCACGGAGAAGCUGUACAAUAUGAUGUUCUACCCGCUGGUGCCCGUGGUGUUGGGGGGUGCGAACUACGAUGACCUCCUUCCUCCCAACUCGUACAUAGACGCCAGACAAUACACGCCUUUGGAACUUGCCAAGAGAUUGCAGCACCUGGCGGAGCACCCACAGGAAUACCAGACUUACCUGGAGUGGAGGAAGUACUACCAGCCUUCCACUGUGGGCGGUAGUCGUGUCCUGUGCGACCUGUGCAAACGACUCCACGACGAAGCCUUCUACGAGGAGAACACGAUUGAAGAUUUUUACGACUGGUUUGUGACGAAAUCUCACUGCACUACCUGGGGCGCAGCGAACGUCACAGGCCGCGGACUUGCCUAGGAGAGAGCGACAAAGCGGCGUUCCUGUGCAGUCGUUAUGUUGUGUUCAUUAUCACCAACGUUCCCAGGCUCAUUAGAAGUGUAAAGGGGUCACUGCCACCACCCGAUGUGUGUGUGUGUGUGUGUGUGUGUGUGUGUGUGUGUGUGUGUGUGUGUGUGUGCAUGUGUGUGUGUGU